AUGAAUAGUGAACUGACGCUUCCGGAACACAAUAGACUUGAUUCGUUGGCUUCAGGUACUAGGUUAAUGCAUCCGGAACGCUGGACUAAGGCUUCUGGCGAUUCGGAUGACACUUGUGAUGAGACACUGGAAGUAAGCAGUGAUUCUGCAACGCAACUGAAUGAUUUUGAUAUGACAACUGGCCUCUUUUAUAGAGGAAUUCGAGGGCGUUGCUAG